GAAGCGGCUGUGGCGGCUCAAUGGCGGCUUCGGCGGAGGAGGAGGUGGACGGCGAGUGGCCGGAGGUGGCGGAGUCGGGCCGGCGGGAGCUGAGCCUGUCCGCGGGGCCGGAGCUGGAGCGGCGCGUGCGGGCGGCAGGCGGGCGGCUCCCGCGGGCGCUGGGCGUGCUGGGGGCGUCGCUGCGGUCGCUGGAGGUGCGCGGCGGCUGCCCCUGCCUGCGCGAGCCCGGCCCGGCCUUGGGGCGCCUGACGGCGCUGCACACGCUGGCCUUGCCCGCCUGCGCGCUCGGCCCCGCGGGGCUGUCCCGGGCGGGCGGCCUGCUGCCGGCCACGCUGCGCGUCCUCGACCUGUCGGACAACGGCCUGGAAGAGCUGCCCCCCGAGCUGGGCGGCGGGGAAGCCGAGAGCCCCGGCGGGAUCGCCCUGCCAGAACUGCGCCUGCUCAACCUGCGCCGCAACCACCUGCGCCAGCUGGGGCCCGGCCUGGCCGUCCACGCCCCGGCCCUGCAGGACUUGCUCCUGGGCGGCAACCGCCUGCGGAGCCUCCCCGGCGGCCUCUUGCCCGCGGCUGGCCGCAGCCCCCCUUUGGCCCUCCUGGCCACCCUGGAGGCGGCCGGCAACGAGCUGGAGGAACUCGGGCCCCACAUUGCCCGCCUGACCGGCCUCAAGACCUUGGAUGUCUCUAAUAACAAACUGUCCGAAAUCCCUGUCGAGUUAGCAGAUUGUCCAAAGUUGAAAGAUGUCAACUUGAAAGGCAAUUCCCUGAAAGACAAACGUCUUGAGAAGAUGGUGAAAAGCUGCCAGACGAAAUCCAUCUUGGAGUAUUUGCGAGUCGGGGGUCGAGGGGGCAUCAAAGGGAAAGGGAAACAGGAUGGCACAGAGGAGGCACGGCGGAAGAAGAGGGAGAAGCCAAAGAAAAAAGCCAACAGCGAUUCAGAAGACGAGGAGGCAGAAGAGGUCCAGAAGCUGCUGGUCAGAGUGCUCCACAUCUCUGAGAACCCAACUCCUCUGAUCGUGAAAGCCAGCCCAGGAGUCAAAGAAGUCCGCCCCUAUAUUGUGUGUUGCGUGGUGAAAGGAAUGGACUUCCAGACAGGCAAUGCUUUAAAGAGGUUUCUUUCUGUUCAGACAAAACUCCACGAAGACCUCUGUGACAAGCGAACAGCAGCUACCAUCGCCACGCACGAUUUGCGACUGAUCAAAGGUCCUCUCCUGUACGACGUGCGGCCUCCUGAUGAUUUGAAGAUUGCUCCCUUGGGCCGGAAGGAGAUCAAGGCAAAAGACCUCCUCCGCCAGCUGCAGUUAGAAGCUGACGAGCAGAGGAAGCAAAAAAAGAGGCACAAUAUUUCUGGGCUGCACAAAUAUCUUCAGUUACUAGAUGGGAAGGAGUAUUAUCCUUGCCUAAUAGAUUCCGAAGGUGUUGUGAUUUCAUUCCCACCGAUCACAAACAGUGAAAAGACAAAGCUUGGAAAAAUGACCUCGGAUAUCUUUCUGGAGGUGACAAGUGGUACUAGCUUGCAGAUCUGUAAAGACGUAAUGGACACUCUCCUUCUGAAAAUGGCCGAGCUCCACAAGUUCACAGCUGAGAAUAAGGAUGGGGAAGUGAAUUCUGAUCAUGAAUCCAACGAAAUUGUCCCCUGUGAAAAUUUGGGCGCCAGAAAACCCCCGCAGAAUUCUUCUCUGAUGCUGGAACAAGUUCGGGUUAUGGAUAUGGAUGGCAACUUAAAAGUCCUUUACCCUUCCAAAACUGAUCUCAGUACGGUCUCAUCUCUCCUCACCGUAAUUCACUAAGCCCAGCAGUUGUGUUCCUGCCCUCUGCUUUUCAGGGGCCUGGGUGUGUAUUUUGCAAUAGCCUUGUUUUGCUACACCUUUAUUUUGUAAAAACGGGAAAAAACCCACCACUGCUUUGCUUUGCGGAGGAUUUGUUUAAAUGCAGAGGGACAAGAUGUUGAGGUCUUGCUGAAGAUUCCAAAACUGCGUUGGCUGAUCAGACAUAACCAACCCCAUGUCCAAACCUGAAAGCAACACAGAUCUCUUUUGAAUCGAGGUGCUAAACUGUAUUCUCCUUGCAUAAUAACUGUACAGCCCAAUCAGACUCAAACUUUGCGGAAUGCAGCAACAUCCCUGUUUGGCAAGCCAAGUUGUCUGCUCCUGGCCUAAUCAGGGGCUCCUUAGCCUCUUGUUCUCCAGUGGAGAAAGAAACACCCAAGACUUUUGUAGAGUGUUCCUGUCUUUCAUGGCAGUCACGGAGUCCUGUGAGUGAGCUGUGUAAGGGGAAAGGCAUCAUCCAAAGUCUCCUGCCGCUGUUCACAGGGAGGAGAUCCUAUUACAUCACCCCCAGUGCUAGUCUAGGUGAAUUUGGUUGUUGCAUGAUGCAGAGUGGGAGGAGAAUCCCUGAGAUGAGCAGCUCUGCAGGGACCAAAACAAAGGCCUUUUGCAGCCAUCGGUUGGGUUCGUGAACUCUCUGAAGGCGCAGAAUGAAAUAUUCUGACUUGGAAUCUUGCGAACCUUGAGUGUGGCUUGUAUCAUAGCAAGGAGGUUUCUGCAUGUCCCCCCAGGUUCAUUGCAUGACACACUUUUGACUUAUGAAGUCAAGUAACUCGGGAUGCUGCCAGCAGAAGUGUAUUGGGUUUCUCUUCUUCACAUGUUGGCAGAGUAUAGGAUGGGGCCACAAGAAAGCAGUAGAUGGGAGCCUGAACUAUUUGAAUUAAGUGGGGAUCAGUGCCCACAGAACAACUUGAUAGAAAUUACACUGAAGGCUCAUACCAAUUGCUGUCUACUUUCAAAUGAAGUCUUGUUAUAAGUGUAACACGUGUCCAAAAUUAAAAACAAUGCAAAAGUUACCACAAAGUAUCUGAAAUACAGACCUAAUAAUACUGAUGAAAAUCCUGCGCAGUACAAAACAUCCACUCAGUUACCCAGAACUCUGUCGUGCACUGAUCUCGAACUAGCUUCAGGGCUAGUGGAACAUUAAUUCCAUAUGUCUGGUAAAUGAAGGACACUGUGCAGCAUCCAGUUUUCAGAGCUGACUACAGUCCCUGACUGUUUCAAAUCAUUGCUGUUCUAACAAAUCUUUGUACAUUUUGGAAACACAGACAUAUGGAAUUUAUGUUCCACUGGUCUUGAACCUUGUUUGAGACUGGUGCACAUCCAGUUAGCUUAGUGGAUGUUUUAUAAUGCACAGGAUUUUUAUCAGUGUUAUCAGGGUCCGUAUUUCAGAUACCUUGUGCUACUUGUGUAUUGUUUGUAGUUUUGGGCACGUAUUAUAUUUAUAACAAGUCCUCAUUUGAAAGGCGUCUGAACCGAACCUGUGCUUUGCGUAUUAACAACAGCCUCUAAGCUUUUUUUCUUGAACUGCAGCUUUCGCCCCCACAGCAAGCCACUCUUCGCAUGGAGUAUUCUUUUAAAAACCAGUAGUGAAUUACUGUAAAGAAUGGAUCAGAAUCGGUUGUUCGAGGCGGAGUUAAGGUGUGUGCCUAAAAUAGCUCUUGAGCGUGCCUAAAAUACCUUUUUAAAAACAUUUGGUCUAUGUUUGUAGCGUUCAUUGGAUCCCUUGGUGGAAUUUGUCAGCAAGCAGUGUCAAAAGAUUAAAAAUUGAAAAUACAAACUUA